UGACAGUUACAAAUUCCGUCAGGCCCUGAAGGCAGCAGUUUGGUAAGCUCCUGGGGAGACAGCGGUUAGUGUCGUUCAUCCAGGAAGGAAACAUGGCCGCACUUAUCAAAGCAAGGAAAGCUCUAGGCUUGUGUCUCAGAGGCUGUCGAAGUCUGUCUCAACUAGCAGAGUUACCAGAGACUCAUCAGAUGCUGAGGCAGACCUGCAGAGACUAUGCUGACAGAGAACUGAUACCCAUCGCCGCCAAACUCGACAAAGAGCACAGUUACCCUGCCCAACAGAUUCAAGAGUUGGGGGCGAUGGGGGUGAUGGCCAUGGAGGUACCAGAGGAGCUGGGUGGUGCAGGGAUGGACUACCUGGCCUACAGUCUGGCUAUGGAGGAGAUCAGUCGAGGCUGCGCCAGCACCGGAGUUGUGGUCUCCGUAAACAAUUCUCUGUACAUCGGACCAAUAUUGAAGUUUGGUACAGAGGAACAGAAAAAGCAAUGGAUCACACCGUUCACCACCGGAGAGAAAGUGGGCUGUUUCGCACUCAGUGAGCCAGGUAAUGGCAGUGAUGCAGGUGCUGCCUCCACUAUGGCUCAUCAGGAGGGAGAUGAGUGGGUGCUCAACGGAACCAAGGCCUGGAUCACCAACAGCUGGGACGCCUCUGCCACAGUCGUGUUCGCCACCACUGACAAGAAACUCAAACACAAGGGUAUCAGUGCCUUCCUGAUCCCUAUGCCACACCCUGGGCUUUCUCUAGGAAAGAAGGAAGAUAAGUUGGGCAUCAAAGCCUCAUCCACUGCUAACAUCAUCCUUGAGGACUGCAGGAUACCGCUGGGCAACAUGCUGGGUCCUCGCGGUGCUGGAUUUAAGAUCGCCAUGCAAACGCUGGACAGUGGAAGGAUCGGUAUCGCAGCUCAGGCUCUGGGUAUCGCUCAGGCUUCUCUCGACUGUGCUGCAGAUUAUGCACAGAAACGCACUGCAUUCGGAGCCCCCAUCAGCAAGCUGCAGUCGAUACAGUUCAAACUGGCUGACAUGGCUGUGGCAGUAGAGAGCUCUCGUCUGCUCACAUGGAAAGCUGCUCUUCUUCGGGAUUCAAAGAAACCCUUCACUAAGGAAGCAGCUAUGGCCAAACUGUCAGCAUCUGAAGCUGCAACGAUGUGCUCACAUCAGGCGAUCCAGGUUCUAGGUGGGAUGGGUUACGUUGAGGACAUGCCUGCAGAGAGGCACUACCGUGACGCUCGCAUUACUGAGAUCUACGAAGGCACCAGUGAGAUCCAGAGACUGGUUAUCGCCAGCCAGUUACUGAAGGAAUAUGAGUCAUAGACACACUUCUGUAAGCGCCUUUGGUUUAAUAUUGAGAUUUAAUCCCAGAACUGGAAUCAGACAAGUAAACCCAGAGACACGGAAUCAUCCAGAAACAAAUGGAAGCCAGUGUGUUAAGCUCUUUAAUACUGUAUCAGUGUUAGAUCAGAGACUACAGUACAUAACUUUAUAGGAGGUUUAUUUGAUUUUACAUAUCCGUUAUCUCCAUUGUGUCAUAUCCAAGGGAAUUCAGGAAUAAUUUUAAAGUGGCAAUCUAACAGAUUUGAGUCCUAGUUGGUUUAGUGACCAGCUAUUAACAUUUUGAUAAAGAAGUCACUCAUCAACUUAAAAUAAUGAAUUUAUGUCACUGUAACUUAACAGACAUGUAUUUACAUGAACGUUUUAGGGAUUGCCACUUUAAAAACUGAAUGAAAAACAAGUUACCUCAACUGCCUUAAAGAGGAUACAAGUGCUUUGCCUUUUUAAAGGGUCAGUUCACUCAUAUUUCAUAUUUUGUCACAUUGAUCGCAUGUUUUAGAAAUUUCUUUCACUCAACUGCACAAGCAAAAGUAACACAACUAAUUAGAUGUACUUUAUCAUUCAGUCAACAUCAGCUAAGUUAAUCACUGAUGUUGUGCACAUUGCUGCACAUGGUCAUCAUUAAAUGAAUGGAACUGGCAGCAGAAAGACUAAGGAAACAUGUUACCUGUUAUCAUGUGCUUGAUGUCCCAGUCACUGAUGAAGACCAUCAGAUGUUGCUGGGCUCUUAAUCGUAACUCAAUCAAAUGUGAAUCUACGACAUCAGUUCUGAUGAACACGUCGACAGGUCCAUCUGAGGUCUCAGCCCCUUAGAACCACAUGGAUCUGUAAGCACCUCCACUCACCACAGUAGUCAUGAAUGUCAAAACAGACUUCUAAGCUCACCUAGUUUUAACAGAAAUUUGAACUGACCCUUUUUUAAAUCUACAUGAGGCUUCAUUUUGCCUAGACAUCUUUGUCUGCUCUAUGCUUUCUAAGUUUAACCACCAGGGGGCAAUGCUGUGUAUUCAUGUUUCUUGACCCACUUCUGCUUCAACCUUAAUCACAACUCACUGCAAACCAAUCAAAUGUAACCAUUUCCUCUCAUUUUACAUGACAGCUUUUCUGAUUUACAUUUGUGGAUGGCAGUUAGAGCAGAUAUUUGAAUGAUAAUGUGAACGUCUGCCUCAACAUUCAAACAAAUACAUCUUUGAGCUUGUUAGAGGCUGUGUCAUGAAUUGUAUCUGCUGAUUUCACAGACCUCUUGUUCCUCUGUGACAUAUGUGUACAUAUUUUAUUGUAAUUUAUUAUGUGCAAAUGAUAAUAAAAACUAAAUUACAAUA